AGUGCAUUUUUGCCACACCGUGGCUUCAUAGUUGGAUUGGCAAUUCGGGGCGAAGCUGUAGCGGCAAUGGCGAAGCCACACGCGACCUUGAUUUUCUCUCGCCACGGUGAGUCCCAAUGGAAUGUAGACAACCGAUUUACAGGUUGGGUUGAUGUGGAUUUAUCAGCCAAGGGUUUGGGCGAGGCAAAGGCUGCCGGAGGUCUCUUGAAAACUGAAGGCAUCAAGGUCGACAUGGCCUUUACUUCCUACCUGAAACGUGCCAUCAAGACCUGUGACCUAGCACUUGAAGCUGCUGACCAACUCUAUGUCCCUGUGACAAAGAGCUGGCGACUCAACGAGCGAAUGUACGGAGCUCUCACGGGCCUGGACAAAAAGGAGACGGUCAAAAAGCAUGGUGCGGAUCAGGUUCAGAUUUGGCGCCGCAGCUUUGACAUUCCUCCACCCAAUAUUGACGAGAGCAGUGAGUUCAACCCUGCGAAGGAGCGAAAGUACGCUUCUUUGAACAAAGCAGACAUUCCCAAGACAGAGUGUUUGAAGGAUACCAUUGCACGCGUGAUGCCUUUCUGGGAAGAGACCAUUGCCCCAGCCCUCAAGAGCGGAAAGACAGUAUUUGUCGCUGCUCAUGGCAACUCGAUCCGGGCCAUCUUGAAGUUCUUAGAGGGUAUCUCUGAUGAUGCGAUCACAGGCCUCGAAAUUCCAACUGGACGACCUCUCAUGUACAAGUUGGACAAGGAUCUCAAGCCGCUCUCUUGUGACGAAGCAAUUGCUCCACUGAAGUUUGGAAAGUAUUUGGGCAACCUUGACGAAAUCAAGGCUGCAGCAGAAGCAGUGAAAAAUCAGACGAAGGUGGCAGCGGCUCCGGCAGGAGGUGGUGGAUCAGACUCCAAGAUCAUGGCGGUGAAAGCGCGAGAAAUUUUUGACUCACGAGGAAACCCUACUGUGGAGGUUGACCUGUGCACUUCAACUGCGUUGUUCCGUGCUGCUGUGCCUAGCGGAGCUUCCACUGGAAUCUAUGAAGCCUUGGAGCUUCGAGACGGAGACAAGAACCGCUUGCUCGGCAAAGGUGUGCUGAAGGCAGUGGCCAAUGUGAAUGAAAUCCUGGCACCCAAACUUAUUGGCCUAGAUGUCACUGAUCAAGCGAAGAUUGACAAAAUGAUGGUGGAAGAGAUCGACGGCUCCAAGAACGAGUGGGGCUGGAGCAAAUCCAAAGUUGGUGCCAACGCGAUUCUUGCUGUGUCCAUGGCAGUUUGCCGUGCUGGUGCUGCAGCCAGCUCGAUGCCCCUGUAUCAAUAUAUUGCCAAGAUUGCUGGCAAGCCCACAGACAAAUUUGUGAUGCCAGUGCCGUCUUUCAACGUCAUUAACGGUGGCAGCCAUGCUGGAAACCGAUUGGCGUGUCAAGAGUUUAUGAUCCUGCCCGUGGGUGCUUCCACCUUCAAGGAGGCAAUGAUCAUUGGAGCAGAGGUGUAUCACAACCUGAAGAGUGUCAUCAAGAAGAAGUACGGCCAAGACGCUUGCAACGUUGGCGAUGAGGGCGGCUUUGCACCCAACGUGCAGGAUAACAACGAGGCAUUAGAUGUCCUCAUGGAAGCGAUAGCAAAGUCAGGUCACAGCGACAAGGUGAAGAUCGGCACAGACGUUGCCGCAUCGGAGUUCUACAGCCCGGAGAAAAAGCAUUAUGACUUAGACUUUAAAAACCCCACCAGCCCAGCAGAAAUGAAGAAGACUGCUCCACAGCUCGCAGAAUAUUACAAAACAUGGCUGGACAAGUAUCCCUUUGUGUCUAUUGAGGAUCCCUUUGACCAAGACGACUGGGAUGCAUACAAGCAUUUCAUGGCAGAGGUGGGUCAACGUGUCCAGAUCGUCGGCGAUGACCUGCUGGUGACAAAUCCCACACGCGUCAAGAAGGCCUUGGAGGUUGGUGCAUGCAAUGCCCUUCUUCUGAAGGUGAACCAGAUUGGAUCUAUCACAGAGGCCAUUGAGGCGGCCACAAUGUCUCAGAAUGCAGGAUGGGGCGUUAUGGUGUCCCAUCGUUCAGGAGAGACUGAGGAUUCCUUCAUUGCCGACCUGGUCGUAGGCCUUCGAACAGGGCAGAUCAAGACUGGAGCACCAUGCCGGUCAGAGCGACUUGCCAAGUACAACCAGUUGCUCCGCAUCGAGGAGGAACUUGGUUCCCUCGCAUCCUUCGCUGGCACGAGCUUCAGGAGUCCAAAGUAAAUUCCUGGGAUAUGCGACGCACUGGCCACUUGAAAAGUGCCUGAACUGAGCCAAACUGGAUUGAAAGCCCUGAUGGGUCGAAUACCUUUGUUGGUAUCUCCACCCGUAUUGUUUAUCCAGUAUACGGAAAGGGGCUAUCCUUUUCUAGGCCCACUUUCAGAACUGAGAAGCAUAGCGCGAG